UGUCAUUUAAAAAUUGUAUCACCCUACAACAACCAAACUACAAAAUUGUCUAAACCAAUAGAAGUCCUGGUUCCAUUAAUAUUUCUUUUACACAGUACGGUACUUUUAAAAUAUGGCUACAGCAAUGGACGUAGAUGAAGAAGAAGUCGAAAUGGCUUCGUCGAGCAGUGGCAAAGGCGACAAAAAAAGAUUCGAAGUUAAAAAGUGGAAUGCAGUAGCGUUGUGGGCUUGGGAUAUCGUGGUGGACAACUGUGCUAUUUGCCGCAACCACAUCAUGGACCUGUGUAUAGAGUGUCAAGCUAAUCAAGCGUCUGCUACUAGUGAAGAAUGCACAGUGGCUUGGGGAGUUUGCAAUCAUGCUUUUCAUUUCCACUGCAUCUCUCGUUGGCUAAAAACAAGACAAGUGUGUCCUCUCGACAAUAGAGAAUGGGAAUUCCAAAAGUACGGACACUAGCAGGUGUCAGCACGCGGAGCUUCCUUAUGAAAGUAACAAGAAAUUGAAUGUCAUGUCAGUUUAAGUUUUCUAAUAAACUCGCUUCAUAUAAUAAUUGUUAAUUAUUUGACUGGAAAUGUAAUAAAACACAAAAAUAUCGAACAUGAACUGGAGAGGUUUAACCAAUUACUUCUUUAAUAUGAAUUAAUUCUUUGAGUUCCAACAUCUGUGUACACGGUUGUAUUACCAUCGCUGUCUUUGAUCUGAGCAAUAAAUUUGAACAUAAUAAAAAUAUUUGAGCCGC